CGCGGACCGCGCUCUCGACGACACACGCGCAUACACGCUCCUUGCUCUCAUCCACAUCUAUCUAUCACUGUCCCGAAGUUCGUCCGGAGCCAAUCCCGAAAGUUGCUGGCAUUCUAUCGGGAAAGUUGUGCGCUGUAUCGUGCGUGGACUGUAGGCCAAUAACACAUACAAGUGCCGCGGCUCUUAAUUAAAUACGGAACUUUGAACUUCACCGUGAAAUCCGUGCUAUUCGUGUGUGCUUCUAGUUCGCUGCUGCGGGCGUUUGAGGACUUUUGUGUGAACUUCUCCUCCGGAUCCCCGGAGGUGUGAAAAGGUUAUCAAAAUAGCCAAAGUGUCUCCCAUAAAGUUAUCGGCUAUGGACAGUAACUCGGUGUCACCCAUGCCGGAACUAGCGCCUAUAGCUGAGUUCGACAAGUCUCCGCCGUCGCCGCCUAACGAGGAAGUGCCCAUGGACGACCUGCCACCGCCGCCCGCCACCAUAUCGCAGGCAGAGGGGAAGAAAAUUAAAGUUCAACGCAGUCGUUCGUACGAGUCGGAUGACCAUGAGAGGGGGGCGUGCGAAUGGUGCGAGUACGCCCUGGUCAUCACGCUUGCGACCAUUCUCCUGAUUGGCGUGUCAGCCCUGACUGUCUUCUGGGUCUUCUACUACCGCGAGGGAUAUGCCUGGGCUGAUGAUCUGCCCGACAAGCAGUUCAACCUGCACCCUACGCUUAUGGUGGCUGGAUUUAUCACCUUCAGCGGUUUCUCUGUGCUCCUGUACCGCAUCUGCCGAUGCUUCAGACGCAUCUAUGUCAAGUUGCUGCACGCCAUCUUCCACGCCUUGGCGUUCCCUUGCAUCGUCAUCGGAUUCCUGGCUGUACUGGACUACCACAACAAGAAAGGCAUCAACAACUUCUACUCGCUACACAGCUGGAUCGGCUUCGUCGCCAUGGGACUGUUUGGAAUACAGUACGCUGUCGGCUUCUUCAGCUUCCUGCUGUUGUUGAUCUGUAAUAAGGGAACUGCUGGCUUCCGUGCCUCCCUGGUACCCAUCCACGCAGCCUUCGGAAUCCUCACCUUCGUACUUGGCGUCUGCGCUUGCCUCACUGGACUUACUGAGAAGGCUCUUUUCAGCAUCGGGAGCGAAGUAUAUGCGACGCUCAACAACGAGUCCAUCGUGGUCAACGCCAUCGGGAUGUCGGUGGUGGCCGUGGCCAUCCUGGUGCUGUACACAGUCCGCGGCACUGGUGGCUACCGUCUCCGCAAGGUCGCCGCGCAACACCCUAGCUAAACACCUGGGACAACCGCCGUAGACAUAAUCCACAGCAGUUUGGUGACAAAUUCUUAGGAAAACUUGAUGAGUGUGGUCAAUUUGGUAGAAAUAAUUUAUAGUAUUAUGUUUUUGUAAGCAAUAUUAUCAAAAAUAUUCUAGUCUCAUAUGAGGAAUGUUUAUGUAUGAUGGUAUCUGGUAGUAGCAAUAAAUAUAAAACGUCGUGGCCAAAAUAGGGAUAAAUUAUAGCAAUAAACGUCUAGCUACCAAUUAAACUGUCAUUAGCAUGUUUGUUUAUCCGAAUAGGCAAGUUAGAAAUUCCCAAAACCACUUGCAAUUCAUCACACUCGUCAAAUUUUCAUGGAUAGUUAAAUAAUUUCAGGGUCGUUUCUGUAAAGAUUUGACACAUCAAUUUAGUUUGUCGCAUGUAGCGUUGCCAUCAAGAUAACAAAACUAUGUUUUAAGAAUUGCCUGUUGUGAAAAGCGGAACAUCUUUGUGGAUUGAGAUUAUAAGAAAAAUUUGUCACCAAACAAUUUUCUACCAUUUUUAAUCAGUUUGUACGUUCGUUUUUAUGCUCGACGCGAAAGAACACCAUGACUAUGGAUUAGUAUUAUAUCUUAAGCAUAAAAUCGAAUAAUAAAAUAAUUCUUCCAAUUUUCCUUAAGUAUUAUAUAGAAAAUUUUGCGCAAUAAAAGACAAAUACCUACAUGUAUUUAUUCUCAGACACGCUCCUAAUGUGUUUUGUGAAGUUUAUAUUCGAUGAAUUGAAAUAAAGAAUGUAAUUAUUUAGCUCAAUUUGUUAACUUUAGGUUUACAAAUUCUAUUGUGGUAUCAUUAUUUAUGAUUAUUCUUGGGGUUGUGCGUUGUUCCAUUUUUUAAAUCUUUAGAUAAAAAUAUGGGUGAGUUGAUUCCGUCUUAGUCAAUAUUAAUUCGACUGAUAUUGGAACUGUAGUGUUUAUUUUUUCGUUCGUUUCUUUGCAAAUAAACAACGUUUUGUAAGUACCUAGCUACUGUACGCUAAUAAACAAAGCAGUAGACGAACAUUAGUAUCUAAUAAAGGCAAUGGGUGUGGAGAAUUAAGGUGAAGCAUCGAAUAAGUGGGAGAUAGGUUCGUUUUCAUUUUCAACUACGUACGUACUCGCUGUUCUGUGAAGUAAUAUUAUUAGCGAUUAGCGUUAGGACAUUGCCGUGUAAGCUAAGUAAGGAACGAAACCGAGUGUGUAACGGAUUGUCUAAACAUAAUCAGUACCAAACAAUGUACCCAUAAUAUAAUCUAUUGUUUUCAAACGAAGUCAGAGGCCAUACACAUGAUACACUUUGUUGGUAUCAAACAAACCUGCGUAGGGUUGUUUAGUUAAGGUAUAUUAGUUGUAACUUGUAUAUAAAUUUUAAUCUAAUUUAAUGUAAUGUGCGAGUGUUCGAUAGUUGUAGAAUGUGAUGGAGUAGUAGCAAAAUACCAUUUGAAUAUUUAUUAUGAUCAGUAUCAACAUAACUACCUAUGUAUUACAAUAUAUACAUAUUUAAAAUUUUAAUAGAUUGGCGUAGCGCUGACUGUAGUGUAGUUUUUAUUAGAACAACUGAAACAUCUUUGUAUAACAUUUCUAAUAAAAACUGCGAAGUUUCAAUGAUAAUCUGGACACCGUAACAUGAACAUGUAUGAUGAUAGAUUGUGUAAGACAAGUGUUCAUUCAAGUUGCCAAAUUCGAUGUAAAGUCAAGUGGUCAUAUGUUUGUUAUAAUCAAUUAAUUACUGCGUAUUACAAGUAGCAUGUUUAUCAAUAAUUGUAGGAUAACGCUCAACGUGUUAAUUUUAUACGAGGGGUACCGACGCGUUCGUUUCAUUUAAAUUUAUAUAAUAAAAUGUAUAAUGUAAGAAUUCAAUUUUAUAAAAUUGCAUUCCAUGUAAGCAUUCGAUGUCUAUAAACGUUCUUUGAUGGAUAUACAACAGUACUAAGACUGCAUAAGUAGGUCUUUUUGUAUUCAAUUACAGGAUUUGCUAUAAUUUUUGCAAAUGAUAUUUACAAAUUAAAAUAAUUCUAGUUUUUGUGGAUCCCUUUCAAAUGCUGGGGCCAAGUUUUUAUAUCAUUAUAUGGACCCUAACUGUACAGAGCAGCCAAUGUAUUUUGACCCGUCUGAAAUUAGGUACGAUACAGAUGGAAGAAGAUGCUGCGAAGCAAAAGUAAUAGCGUGUGAAAGAGACAGCGAUACGCUUGUAGCGCACUUCAGUCGGGUCAAGUUAUAUUGUUUGUGUGUACUAUUGAGGCAGAUUUUGUUACAGUUUACUUAGCGACAAAGUUUAUUAUCAAUUUACAUUGAACACAAACGAGUCCGAUGCUUUGAUUUAUUUGAAAAAUGCACUAUGAGAUUUAAAUAUGGUACCUGCUUAUUAAUGUUAUACCUAGGUAAGGAUAUUGUAACAAUAAAUGAUUUCCCGUUGUAUCCAUAUGUUGCGAGUGUUAGAUAAGUUCCAUAAUUACUAUUUCAAUUGUAAUUAAUUUUUGAAUAUUGAAAUAUAAUUUCGCAUACUUAGUUACUACGUUGAUUACAAGUUAUAUUGGUUAAAAUAUGAAUUUUAUCACUGUUUUACAUUUUGAAAUAUUUAUACGGCAUUCAUAAGGUACAUUAAAUACUUGUAAUAAUUAUUA